UCUGUCAGCAGAAGUCAAGCAGCUGCAGAGUUGUGGGUUUGCAGUCUGCAGGUGUUUAUAAACUACGUCCUACAGGGACUAAUAGCUGCAGCAAUGGACCAUCGAAUAACUAUUUGGAUAAAAGAAGAGAGAAAAAAUGACAUACCAAGUACACCAGGCUCCAUGGUCGAGGUAUACCCCUCCAGUGUGAAAAUAAAGGAAGAAUUGCAAGAUUACGUGAAUGAAGAGUUACUUCAAGAUCCAUUGAAAAUCGUAGAGACUUGUUUCGAUGGAAAGGAAGAUGGAGGAAUGGAACUGAAUGCGAGUCCACCUGAGCGUAAUAUUGAAGUAUAUGAAGAGUUCAUCAGUACUGAAUAUGAUCCUAUCAGAGUUAAGAAAGAGGAGAAUUCGGCAUCUGAGAAUGAUUGUCUCGAUGAAUGUGACCCACUGAGCAUGGCAGAUUAUCAGGAGGGAGCAUCGGAAGGAAGCGUACCAGGCAGUAUACGAUUGAUUAAAACCACCGGUGAAGAAACAUGUCUGCAGGGAGCGACUGGUGAUGAGCUGGACAUUGCUGCAGAGAGAUCAGCACAUUCUGUAGGAAUUAGAAUACCGAGAUCUUCAUGUGCUUUAAGUAGUGGGACUACACUGACAUUAAUUUGGUGGAGAUUCAUGUUAUAUUGAAAUGUGUGGUCAUGAAUAUAAUAUAGAUCACUGAUGUUCCAUCUUCUGCCAACCACCCAUACCUACCUCCAAAUCUUCCCCAUUCCCCAUCCAUCCCAACACCACCCACCCCUUCAACUGCCCUCUCCACUCCCCACCCCACAAACCCCCAACUUGCACCUCCUGCCAACUGUACCUCCUUUGCCUCUUACUCCACCCAUUCCACCCCAUUUCUUUUUCUUUUACUGAGCAUUUGUGUUGCAUUGUAGGCACUCUCAUGUUUUAGGCACAUGUGGGAAAUGUCCUUGAGGAUCUUUCAGUUUCUAAGUUUUGUGGCAUUUCCACCAUCUCAUGUUGGUCGUGAGAAUUGUUGCAGCAGUACAAUUUCUUUUAAGUCUCCAGGAACCAGUGAAUUAUGAUUUUAUAAUAUUGCAGCCACACAAUCAUUUUUGGAAUCAAAUUUUAUUGUGUAUCUAAAGGGCUUAAUUUACACUCCGAGUAUGGAGUAUUACACACUAUGUCUGUAAGAGGGUGCUAUGAAUGUAUAUUACAAGAAUGUGUUAAGCACUUAGACAAAUCAAUAUCCACCAUGUCUCUUAGGGUAAUGCCUCUUGUAACCCAAAGAUGAUGUGGCAUGCACAGUCAUGCAGCUUUGUUACAAGCUCUGCCAUUGUUUUGACAAAUGUUAGUGUCAGUUGUUGCACUGAAGUGAUGAAUACAGACAGCAGUAAUAUACUGGCCCUUAACUACACCAUAUUGUGUAUCAGUGGAUAUUCACUUUGCACAGUAUCAGCCAUAUUAUGUUUUUAUGGUAUGUAUUGGAUCAUAUAAUGUGAUGACUGGUUUGUAAGACAGAAAUGUUUUUUUACAAUGAUGAUGUGUCACAGAGAGCUCACAUAUAUUCUAAUAUGUAAGUAAUGUUUUCACAUAGACAGUGACUUCUUGUUAGUAUACCCUGCACCAUGUGAUAUGCACACAUUACUAAUUUUCAGUUCAACAUGCACUAAACAAUAGCUGUAAAGCUGAAAUAUUGAUUGUGUGAAAUAAAUGAACAGUUUCUAGUCAAAUGGUGGAAAUGUCUUUCAAAAAAUUCUACAGGACUGAUCCACCAUGAAGGGAAAACCAUUAUAUGAAUAAGUGAGAAGUUUACAGUGCAUUUAUUAUAGAAAUUCUCUGGUACAUUAAAACUUUUUUAUAUGCCGAUCUUACAGUCAUGUAUGAUACUUCUCUUCACUAAUAAUGAAGAAACUAAUGUCCUUUGCGACUUCUACAUUUUAUGCCAAUUCCAAAUCUGUUUUCAUUUUUUUCCUGUCACAUAGAGUUCUGCUGCUAUUUGACUUCAAAGGAUAUUAUUGUGCUAUUAGGUUAUGUGUACUGUUGGAGGGAAAUUUCUCAAUAAGGUGCUGUAUGCCUUCAGUUUUUUACACCUGUUGAUGCUAGUUGGUUUUGUGUGACCUUGAAAGUAUUGUUUAUCUCACAGGCUUGCAUUAUCAGUGCUAUAUUGCGAUUAUUCUGUAUAUUUAAGAUGGUGUUAAUAAAACAGCAUACCUGUUGUUUGUAGUUACUACAAUGUUAACAUGCAACUGUUUGAACAACUCGGAUGCUUUCUGUUACUCAUACAUUUGUGAAAAUUACACACUGCCUAAACAGAGAAUAAUUAUAACAGAUUUUGUUAAAAAUGCUUACCAGUCUUAUUUUAAAAUGUAACUUGGUGACCAGAAAACAAGUGGAUGCCAAAGACAGUUUGUCAUUAUUGUGUUGAGAGGUUAAGAUUGUGGACAGGAAGGAAAGAAAACAUGCAUGCCAUUUGCAAUUCCAGUGGUGUGAUGGAAGUUUAAAAAUAACCUUAAUGACUGUUACUUCUGUUUAGUUAAUAUUCUGGGGUCCAGUUCGAAAAGUAAGAAACAAAUUGUGUAUCUAAGCAUUGAUUUAGCUGUUGGGCCAGUUCCACAUGGAGAAGUUCAGAUUACUCCCCUUGCUCCAGCUGUUGUAGGGAAUGUGGCAGUAGAUGGUCAUGAAAAUGGAGUUGAUGCAAUUACCAAAGAUGGUAAUGUUUACCAGGCUGUGUGUGACUGUCUCCCACAACUGUUCUAUCAGAGUGAACUUAAUGGCUACAUAUGAGAUUUAAAUGUGCCUAAGGAAUCUGCAGAACUACUUGGCUCCCAGUAAAUGACUAAGAAUCUUCUGGUACCAGGAACACAUUAAUAAUGGUACAGACAUACUGAGAAAGAAUUAGUUUCUUCAUUCACACAGAAUGAUUCCUUGGUUUACUGCAGUAAUGUAAACGAGUUCAUGCACUUCUAUGCCAUUGAACAUGAUCCUGCUGAGUGUAAACCUUUUCUAGACUCACCAACGAGGAGCGUGAAAGACGUUUUGUUGCAUAAUGGGGGUGCAUAUGGUUUCAUACCUGUGGUCCAUUCAGUUCAAAUGAAAGAGACCUAUGAAAACAUGAAGAUACUUUUUAACAAGUGUCCAAUAUGAGGAGCACAAAUAGCUUUUUUUUUUACUCCAGAGUUAUCAAAAUACUGUUAAAACACGAAGUGGGGUUCACAAAAAUGCCUUGCUUUCUAUGCAAAUGGGGCAAUUGGGCAAGGCAAAGACUCGAUUGUGAGAGUUUGGCUGGAGUGGAAAAAUUUUAUGCCUGUAACUAGAACUAUCCUGCAUGAGCCACUUGUAGAAAAAAAUAAAAUCUUGCUUUCAAUACUGCUCACAAAAUUGGGCUUGAUGAAGUAUUUGUAAAGGCUCUACCACAGGACAGACCCUGCUUCAAAUAUCCUUCCAAGAAAUUUUUGUUUAUCACACAAGACAAAUUGAAAGCUAGAAUUUUUUUAUCCUAAAGGAAUUGAUGAAAGAUGAAGAUCUUGAUAAGAAAAUAAAGAAUAGAGAAAUCUGAUCUGUUAUUGAGCACUUAUAGGUUUAAUAAAGAUCCUAAUUACAGGGCCUAUGUUUAAAACAAUUGCAAAAUUUCAAGAUGGGUUGUAACAUGAGUGUGAAAGUCCACUUUGUGCACUCACAUAUUGACUGUUUCCUGGAAAAUUUUAUACACUACAGUGAAGAGCAGAGUGAGUGUUUUCACCAAGAUAUUGAGGUGGUGGAGAGGAGGUAUUGGAAACUGGAGUGCAACUAUGAUAGCUGAUUACUGUCUGAUAUUGGAGGAACAAUCAUUAUAUGCAAGGUUGUGCAAGGAAGUCAAAGAAGAGAAAGUUUAAAAAUUAAU